CUUUAUCGCUCUAAGAACAAAUCGACACUAAAAAUACUCUAGGCUUUUGUUUCUUCGUGACCUCGCGGUUGAAUAAUUACUAUGUAACUGUUGGAGCCAGCGCAGUAAGAAGCUCUUACUAAAAAUACUCUCGCCCUUUGUCUAUUCCGCGAACCCCAGGUCAAUAAUUAUAAUUAUUAUACAUCAUCUAUUGUAUUCUGCGUUAAAAAAUAACACCCCUCCGAGGCAUCAGCGUUUCAACCCUUCCAAGUUUUAAAUAGUAAUAUGCAUCAUUAAUUCAUAACCCUGCUGCAAGAGUAAGCGCCUCACCGUCUAGGAAAUUUAAUAAUAAGUAAUAAAUUUAACCGGUCCUUUGUUCAUCAACCGCUAGUAUGAAACCAGCUAUCAGAAGACUUGGAUUUGAAAAUGGGAGAUUCGAAGUUACCCCAGAAAUCGCUGUCUAUUUUACAAGAAUAACCGUCUACCUGACUUGCAUCUGGGCGCCAACAGGAAGACUCAAUUUGAUAUUCUUCGAAGCUUUUCUCUGGUUUUCUAUUUUUUUGUCUCUAGGACUCUGUUUCCCGCUGAUAGUAUCUGUGAUAAAGUUCAUCGAUGAUACCCUUGUGGUUAUGAAAUCAUGCAUCCUCAUUUCGGCAAUUAUUCAGUUUAUGCUCAAGGUCAUUGUCUGCAGGAUUUACCGGGACGAACUGCAGGAGCUUGGAAGCUCAUUGAAUGAUUUUAUAAAAAACGUAAGUCAAAAUGACAGAUUGUACUUACAAAAAUACGUCGACAAGUGCUGGAUGUUCCACGGAUACAUGACAUGCAGUUACUACAUGACGACAACCGCGGUGUUGAUGGGACCCCUGGUGUUACCUGAAAAUUUACCCAGUAGUGCUGUCUACCCGUUUCCAGUGGACCACCCUGUCGUUGUUGCGAUUGCUUAUGUUCAUCAGGUCAUUGUUGGGUACCAAUGCUCCGCUGGAAUGGCUCUCGACUGUCAAGCUGCUUUAUUUCUCUGGUACUUGAGUGCCAGAUUUGAAAUACUUAUCUCACAAGUAGAAAACGUGUCGUCUGUAAAAGAAAUGGGAGAUUUUGUUAGAACACAUCAGGAAAUUCUGCGGUUCGCUGAUCGGGUUAUUCGGCCAAUUAGAUUGAUUGUUCUGACGACCGUGACCAUGACAAAAAUUGGAAUGAUUUUUGGAGCCAUUGUUCUUAUUUUGGACGGGCCAAUUACUGUUAAAGUACAGUUUACUAUAUUGGUUAUUAGCUCGACGAUUAGUAUUUAUGUUUCUAUUUGGGCUGCUGAUAAUUUACUGACUCUAUCAAGUGAAUCAGUCUCAGAGAAAAUCUUCAGCACAACUGCAACGCACUCAACGAUCAUGAGAAAGCUCUGGAUGUCAGUAAUCCACAGAGUGCAAAAGCCAAUAACGAUAAACAUUCCAGGUUUUCUAGAGUCCAUCUGCAACGAUUACUAUGCAAACCUUCUUUCAAAAGCGUUUUCUCUAUUCACAGCCAUGCGUACCUUAGUAAGUUAAUAGAAAAGCUAAUAAACAAAUUUGUUCAUCUCACAGCUAGUCGAUUCUAACUCCAAUCAAACGACAAACGACGAACGAUGGUUAGUUAUUCAAAAAUAAUAUAUGUCAAAGACAAACGAAUGUUAGAAACUAAAAAAAUUGCUGAAUAAUUUCUACAGUUGCUUUUACCAUCAUUUUUUUUUUUCACAAAAAUCGACGCAACUGGUAAUUUUUAGAGACAAUUAUUUUCAUAGU